AUGCUGGCACUGGAAGAGUAUGGACAACGGGUGUCCCCCCUUCGCGUGGCUGCUGUGUGCGUAUUCACGCCACUACCUCCACUGCUGUUGGUCGUUCUAGCUGGAUACAUGCCUCUACGUCCUGUAGCUGAAGGUCCCGACGCCAACUACGUCUUCUGGAUGCGGCACAUUUUAAUUCUUGGAUUCGCGGUUCUCAGCGGGUUGAUGCAAGCCAAAGCGUGGCUGGCGGAGCUCCACUUGACGAUCAAAACCAUUGUCAGUACCGCGCUGAGUGUUGCAGUUGUGACUACAGCUAUCGCGUUUAUUACGGCGAGGUUUUGGGUCUUCCCGCUGCCAUUCAUGAACGUGGUGCAAACCCCAGGGCUCGUUCUCAUUUCUACCAUUGCGGCGAGGGUCGUGUUAGGUGGAAACGCUCUUCAAAACGUCCCCGACGCUGAAUUCCACGUAAAUCGAUUCUUUUUGCUCAUCGUCGCGCAAGGCUCGCUCGCCACGAUCUACCCCGCCUACCAGGCGCUGUUUCUCGCCGUACCGUCGGUUGUUCAGCCGUAUCUGAUGGCUCUACUUACUCUCGUGAACAUUGCCAUGAAAAACGCCCUCGCUGCGUGUGGAGCGCACCUGGAAGAUCGACUACCGGAGGUUAUUGUGUUCACUAUCGACGUCUUCAGCUCCCUCUACUCGGCGCUUUGCAUGCGCAGUACGAACUCGCUCAAGAUGGUGGCGAUCGCCGUGUCACUCAACACAUUCGACAUGAUGCUGGCGCUGCACGGGAUGAACCGGAGAUCUCGAGUGGCUCUAGCGAAUCGCGCUGACCAACAGCUCCAGGCUAGAAGGCAGAAGCAGAGCGAUAGGGAGCUGGGGGUAAAGUCUAAAGAGUCUCAACAAGACUCACUUGGGUCACUGUUCAAGGCCACGCUCCAGCUCCUCCAGAUGCCCGGCCAACUUGACCCGGCCGAGUUGCGUCAGAUUUGUCUAUUAUCCUGCGCCGAGCACAAGGUAUCGGAAGAUAACAAGGCUCUACUCGAGGCACUCGCCGCUCGAUGUGUGUACAACAAUGAGCGACGGCCGACUGAGAUCCGAUCCAUGGCACAGCGAAAAUCCCGCUACUCAUCAACCGCAGUGAGUGGGCCGGACCUCAGUUUUGCGGUAGCAAUAAAACCGCCUUCACACUUCCUGCAGAGGCUACGAGCUGCAGUCUUACUGAUCUCAGAAGCAGGCAAACGCUUCAGUGUCCAGAUUGGGACUCGUCUAGGCAAUUCACUCGGGUUUCGGAUGGAUAGUAAGGAUCGA